CGCCGCGCCCCCGAGCCGCCCCGCGGGGCUCACGGGCCCUCGCCCGCCUCCCUUCCCCGCCGAGCUCCCCGUCCCCGCCGCCGCUCCCGAGGGCAGUCGCGGCGGGCGCUGCCCAUGCAGGGGGCGGCGCGGGGCGCGGCGCCCCGAGGAGACGCCGCCGCCGCUGCGGGCUGUGUGGAGGUCUCCAACUGAAUUCCCUUGGACUUUGUGGAAGCAGGCAGCUGGAUAGCAAAGAGGUUAUACCAUGGCUCCAGCUGAGAGAAGCAGUAAGGUAUGCUUGGCAGUGAUGAUGGACUAUUUAUGUGCUUCAGAUACUCUUAUAUGAAAAUACCACGUUUCCAAAGAGCUUAAAUAUUAUUUCAUCUUCUGAAACAGAAUGGCAGGCUUCAAACGAGGAUAUGACGGAAAAAUCGCAGGAUUGUAUGACCUGGAUAAAACUUUGGGCAGAGGCCAUUUUGCUGUGGUCAAACUUGCUCGGCAUGUCUUUACAGGUGAAAAAGUAGCAGUCAAAGUAAUUGACAAGACAAAACUGGACACUCUAGCCACUGGACAUCUUUUUCAAGAAGUUAGGUGCAUGAAACUAGUGCAGCAUCCCAAUAUAGUGCGGCUGUAUGAAGUGAUUGAUACCCAGACUAAGCUUUACCUAAUCUUAGAGCUGGGUGAUGGUGGAGAUAUGUUUGAUUAUAUCAUGAAACAUGAAGAAGGUUUGAAUGAGGAUCUGGCAAAAAAAUAUUUCGCUCAAAUAGUUCAUGCUAUAUCCUACUGCCAUAAACUGCAUGUAGUUCACAGAGACUUAAAACCAGAGAAUGUGGUCUUCUUUGAAAAACAAGGACUUGUGAAAUUGACUGAUUUUGGCUUCAGCAACAAAUUUCAGCCUGGAAAGAAGCUCACUACAAGCUGUGGAUCCCUUGCGUAUUCUGCUCCUGAAAUUUUACUUGGGGAUGAAUAUGAUGCACCAGCAGUGGAUAUAUGGAGUUUGGGGGUCAUCCUCUUCAUGUUGGUCUGUGGACAGCCACCAUUUCAAGAAGCAAACGACAGUGAAACUCUGACUAUGAUAAUGGACUGCAAAUACACAGUGCCACCUCAUGUGUCCAAAGACUGUAAAGAUCUAAUUACACGGAUGUUGCAGAGAGACCCGAAACGAAGGGCAUCCUUGGAAGAGAUUGAAAACCAUGCGUGGCUCCGAGGAGUUGAUCCAUCUCCUGCAACAAAGUACAAUAUUCCUCUUGUAUCGUACAAAAAUCUGUCUGAGGAGGAGCACAACAGUAUAAUACAGCGCAUGGUUCUUGGUGAUAUCGCAGACCGAGACACGAUAGUGGAGGCAUUGGAAACUAACAAAUACAAUCACAUCACUGCUACUUACUUCUUACUAGCUGAAAGGAUCCUCCGAGAAAAACAAGAGAAGGAAAUUCAGACCAGAUCUGCAAGCCCCAGCAACAUCAAAGCUCAGUUCAGGCAGUCGUGGCCAACAAAAAUUGACGUCCCCCAAGAUCUGGAGGAUGACCUCACGGCAUCUCCUCUCUCCCACGCAACUGUUCCUCAGUCACCAGCUCGCACGGCUGAGAACGUCCUCAAUGGCCAUAGGAGCAAGGCCCUGGGGGAUUCGGCCAAAAAGGAAGAUAUUCCUGAGCUGGCUGGGCCGGCGCUCUCAGCUGUCCCAUCGGUGAGCUUAAAACCCACCACGAGUGGCCGGAAGUGCUUGUUCAGAGUAGAAGAAGACGAAGAGGAGGACGAGGAAGAUAAAAAACCUAUUUCUCUUUCUACUCAAGUUGUUCUGCGUCGUAAGCCUUCAGUUACAAACCGUCUCACUUCAAGGAAGAGCGCACCAGUCCUCAAUCAGAUCUUCGAGGAGGGCGAGUCCGAUGACGAGUUUGACAUGGACGAGAACUUACCGCCAAAGCUGAGCAGGUUAAAAAUGAACAUUGCCUCACCCAGCACCGUGCACAAACGCUAUCACCGCAGGAAAAGCCAGGGACGGGGCUCCAGUUGCAGCAGCUCAGAAACGAGCGAUGACGACUCAGAAAGUAGGAGACGCCUCGACAAAGACAGCGGGUUUACUUACUCCUGGCACAGGCGGGAUAGUAGCGAAGGGCCACCUGGCAGCCAGGGAGAUGGUGGUGGACAAAGCAAACCAAGCAAUGGAAACGGAGGGGUAGACAAAACAAGCCCAAGUGACAGCAACAAAGGUGGGGGGAGUCCCUCCGGUGGCUCCAGCGGUAGCACCAACAACACUUCGGGUUCCACCCGGAGAUGCGCUGGGUCCGGAAACUCAAUGCAGCUGUCGUCCAGAAGUGCAGGGGAACUGGUUGAAAGCCUGAAGUUAAUGAGCCUUUGCCUGGGUUCGCAGAUUCACGGCAGCACAAAGUACAUUAUUGAUCCCCAAAACAGUCUGUCCUUUUCCAGUGUAAAAGUACAGGAGAAAUCAACGUGGAAAAUGUGUAUAAGCUCUGGUGGAAGCGCAAACCAGGCUUCGUCGUUGGGCAACCUGAAAUUUUUUUCCGACCAAAUGUCAGACACAACAAACGAAUUGGAACGGAUAAAGAACAGGAACUUGAAAAACAAUGUGCUACAACUACCUCUCUGUGAAAAGAUGAUAUCUGUGAAUAUUCAGCGGAACCCAAAGGAGGGGCUGCUGUGUACCUCCAGUCAAACCAGUUGUUGUCAUGUCAUUUGACGAUGACCUGACUUUGACAGCUCGAUCUGCUUGACGGCAUCGUUCUUCCUGGUCAGAGCUGUGAACACCUUGUCACGGACCCCCUUUUAUUGUCUUAAGAUUUUUCAGUGGGCUUUGAGCAGUUAUUUAUUACACUUUAAUUUUGUGUUUGCUUGAUGGUAUGACAAUGCAUGGUCUUUGCAUGCUGCUAGCCAAUACGUUUUUCUUUUUCAACAAAGCAGAAUACUUUAUUGUGUAAUUUUUACAUUUAUAAUUUUACUAUGUAAGAUCUGGAUUAAAUUAAAAUAAAUAUCUGGAUCCUAAUGUAAAUGAAGCACUUAGAAGUUUCAUGUUCUGCACUUAAACUAGAGAGAGAAGCUUUUGUUUGCCUGUGAAAUGUUAAUUCUUGUUCUGACCUUCUGUGAUAACUAAAAUAUGUGAUACGUGGCAUACUUCUAUGUGUCUGAAACAGAACCAAAGCAAUAAUGUUUUGAUGCUGAAAACUCUUCAGGGAGCUUUCAGAAGUUCCAAGGCUUGUGCAAAGCAAAGAUGCACUGAAAAUUAGUGAUCUUGAAAUAUGAUUUUAAACCCACACCUAUUUGUCUUAAGCUAUGAUACGGAUAAAGUUGUGGCUCAAAAAUCGAACUGAAAAGAUCUUGUUUUGCUAGAAGCAGUUUUCUUUUGGAAAAAAAAAAAAAAGGCAAGUAGAUCUGUAAGGCAGCUUUCUCCCAUAGAAAUAUGUUAAUAUUACAAGCAGACAAUCUUUUUUAAUAUAACAAAGGUAAAUUAUUAAGUCUACUUCUGAGUUUUUACAUGCUAACUGAAAAUAAAGUAUUUGUAUGAAUUACUUUUGUUAGUAGUAUAUCAUGACAUCUGAUAUUUUAGGUUUUUACCUUUUAAACCCUCUCCCCUGUCCUCUCCUCCCCUCCCUGAGAUUCCAGAAGGCAAUAAGGGAUGGAAAACCAUUAGGUAAUUGGAUUCACAUUGAAAUUGUUAUUGUCAUUUACAUUUUUGUCAUUAUUACUGUUUUAAGGCUUAAAAUACUGCUGUUCCCCACAUGUAGGUCACUUAUUUUUCCUCAGUAAUAGUGCUUUUUCAUAAAGUCCAUUUAAAAUAGCCUGUAGGAAAAUGUUUCUUUUACAGCUCUCAGCCUUCCUGUUGGGCUUCCCAUUGCCAUGGCAAGGUCUUGAUUUAGAGUAUUUCUGUACAAAAGGAUACUUUUGACCAGAUGAAUUAACUUUGUGGAAUUUUAUUAUCUAGAAUAAAAUAUAUUGCAGAUUCCUAGUUUUGGGAAGGGCAAGAAUGUUUUAUUUUUUCAUGCUGUGCACUGGGUCUUCUAAGCAAUGCUAGUGAAACUGGGGGUACUAUGUAGCAGCGCCCUGGGCAGACCUUGGGUAUCCCAGAGGAGUUUUGACACUGUUGAGCAUCUUGUAACACUUGCAGAAGGGUCAAAUGCAGCGCCUUUCAUGUCCGCCAAGGAGGGAGCGGAGCAUCAGAGCGGGGCUUGCGCUCGGUCAGGAUGUGUGCAGCUCACCACGGCUCUUUUCGUUACCGAAAGGCUUCGGAGAGUCUGAGUUGCGUGGGGUGUCCUUCCUGGCGAGCCUGCCUGUCCUUCCUGAGGUUCUGCUUCCUGAACAAGGCAAAGGAUAAGUGUUUCGCUUCUUUAAGUUUUUUGAACUCUAGUUGCAGUUUAGUAAAGAGCUACAAAAGUAGAUGUGUGGGUGAAGCCAUAGAACAUAUUUGCUUGAAAUUUUUGAGCAGGGAUCUUACCAAGGGCCAGAAAUGAGAUGUGUGGUUCACAGACAGUGAGCGUAACAUCCACGUAGGAGGCGAGUUUAUAAAGGGCAUUGGCAAUAAACUUUAUUUGUUGCAGCUUUUUUCCAAGUAUUGUAAAUACUCUUUCCUGAUAUUAUGUACAGCCUUGGAAUGGCACCUUUUAACUAACCCCGGGUGUAUUUUGUUUCCAAUGUUUUUAUAUACGACUGUAUAUAUGGUGCUCACUUUAGAACAGCAGUGUUGACCAUUUAUGCUGCAUAGUUGUACUAUAGCCUUAUAGUUGUGUGUGGCUGGUUGAACCUCUGGGUGUACAGAUGUGUUAGUCUGAGUGGUGUCCUUUCCCCAUUUGUUGAUAGGUGAAUGAUUGUGCAUGUGGUGUACGUCGUGUUAUGUCGUCACGUAAAAGGAAGGGCGAGAAUAACCACUACAUUAAGAUAAUAUUGGACCAAACUAUUUAGAGCAAGUAAACAGUUUCUUGUACCCCUUAACGUGUCUUUAAGAGUUGCAUAUAGUUACAGUAGUGUAUAAAGUAAAUAUUGUGGAAAAAACAGUUAGUCUUGUAUUUUUCUGUAUGUGUGUAUAUAAAUAUAUAUAAAAAAAAGUAAUGUACCUCUAGCAACUUAAUCUGUAUUUAAGAUGUGACAAUCUUGACACAGAAUUUUAAGAGUAGCAGUCUAAAUAAGCAGCAUUAAUGAACAGAAGUAUAAAAAUUUCUCACCAAGAAAGAAUCCAUGUAUGUGUGUUAAGAGGGUACAGAAAUAUCUGAUCUUAUUGCUUCCAGCAAUGUUUGGCUUUUUCAUUGUAUAAACAUUCAUGGUGUGCAACAGAAAUGGAAAAUCCAGUUAAUAAAAGUGAUAUCCUGAUUGAUGCAUAACCGA